AUGCCCGUCACAUUUAAAGUCGCUCGUCAUCACGCCAACCCCGUGCGGCCGUGCACCGGUUUGACUGGGGCUGAUUCCUUCAUAUUGAAGGCGUGUCCAACCGAGUGGCCGGAAUGCGGGAAAACCUUGCAGUCUAGUUUGUCGAGCGAAAGCCUGCGUGACCUCAUUCCUCGCAGGAACGGCUUCGUCUCAACUGUGGUUGAGGCAUACGGCCAGCACCAUCAUCUCGUUCUCCGCCCGGAUGACGUGUGGAUUGCCGUUCUUGUGCAGCUUGGCUUCUAUGUCAACGCACACGCCGAAGAGCUGCGCCAGUACUUCGUGGCUCACCAAGGCAAGAAGGAACUAUUCGUCGAUCUAGAGCAGGUCGGAAUGGAUUUUGGGGCCAUGGCCGUGAAGUUCUCGGAGCUACUCGAUGAGAAUGUCGUGGACAAGACGUUCGUGGAAUGGACACGCCCCGACUUCACCACUUCCACGGCGCAAGACAGGAUCAUAUGCUCCGUCUUGCUCGUGUCUACCCUGGCGAAAUACUUCGAAUUCGGCGCAGGGGAAACCUGCGGACUGCCCUCGGUCACUCUGCUGGGCGAGCGCCGAGACUGGGCGUCGCUGCUCGCCCGUCUCGACCGUCUCCCUGAGCUCGGUGACGAGCCCGCGCGGUGGGCCGAGCUCCUCCGGCCCGUCCUCCGCAAGUUCGUCAAAGCGUUCGACGGCGAGGUCGACCGCGCGUUCUGGAGCCACAUCAUCCUGCACGACGACCGCACGUGCGGCAUCGACAAGAUCAGCGGGUGGAUCACCGCGUUCUGCGUCUGGAACGCGGAGGGCAAGUGGCUGUCGAGGACAGCCGCUGCGGCGCCGCCGAGCACGGCGGGGAGCGUGAUCGUGCGCGCGCGGGGCAACGUCAUGCACGCGCGCCGGGGCGUCUACGUCCUCGACGGAGUGGAGUACCCCAACAUGUUGUUCAACUAUAUCCCCGUCGGCUACUCGACCGUCGAUGUCAAUAUCGGGGGACACCCCCCGUGCAAGAUGCUCGCCGGCCACCUCGCGUCUGCGGUCUACAGCACGGACGGUCCCCGCGAGGGAGACGAGGGAGACACGCUGAGCCCGGCACCGCAGUGGAUCUUGUACGAGGUACCCGAGGAGCGGUACCUGAAGCAGAGGCGGAAAGAGGCAGCGGAGCGGCUGGUGAUUUGGGACAUGUGGAAGAGUUACGACUGA